AUGAGUUCAUUAGAGAUUGGAAACUUGACUCCCGGGAAAAUAAUCAAAAAUCUUAUUUUGGUUAUCUUUGGAGUAUUGUGUUAUCUAUCUACUGUACGAGGUUUGCGUUGUCUGAAAUGCUCUUCCAUAACUGAACCCCGUCUCUGUACCGAACUGGAGACGUGUCAGUCGGGGGAGAUAUGUGGAGUACGAUACCUGAGGUCGGACAAUGGGGACUUUUCAUACUGGACGGGCUGUGUCCCCCAAACAAGCUGUGUUUCCGUAGAUACCUCGGGAGUUGUCAUUGGUAAAAGGACCAGUUACUAUGACAACGAAGUAAUCUGUCAGCACUGUUGCUCGAGCGACCUUUGCAACUCUCAAGGAUGUGGUGCACUCGGUUACCCUACUGACCGUGGUCCACUGUGUUAUGAAUGUACAAACUUAGCUGAGCCUGCCAGCUGUCACAAAAUCGCAAUCUGUAACCAUAACGAGAAAUGCUACGUAGGGACCGAGUCUCACUUUGGACAGCUUUACUACACCACACGCUGUGAAACAAGACAUGCUUGCACGGCUCUAGACCAUGCUAAUCCGCUGGGGAGGAGGGCCGUGGCUUGUAAGCAUUGCUGUGCCGGGGAUUUGUGUAACGCCGGCUGUACAGGAUAA